AUGCUUCCUCAGCGAGUUGCGAGGGCUUCGGCUCUUCGUUCGGCGUCGCUGGCAGCGAGACGACUGCCCAUUAUCCAACAACGAACAUUCCUCCCGCAGUCGCUGAACGAUAGAGGCAUCCUCGAUGAGAAGUUCCCCGACAACCCCACGCUCUCCGAGGCCGAAGAUCCGGGCCAGAACGGUGGCUACAUCAACCCCCCGCGAAUCAAGCGACAAUUCCGUGAUCCCCAUGCCGACUGGUGGGACAAGCAGGAGCGACGGAACUAUGGCGAACCUGUCCACGAGGACCACGACGUUCUGGGCAUGUUCUCGCCAUACGAGUACACCUGGGUCUCGCCCGGAAAGGGACUGAUGCAGAUGGGCGCCUUCGUCGCUACCUUCUUGGGGGUGUGCUGGGUCGUUGGUAGAUUAUACCCUGACAAGCCGUCAUUCCCGCGGGAGUUCGAAGGUGGUUUGGAGCGAGAGCUGGGUGGUGCUGGUGCCAUGAGGGCCAGAGCCCCUGGUGACCCAGAACCUUUCCAGGCCGAAGGGGCGGAGGAAUAA